AUGGCCGGCCAGGGGCAAUGGGUCGCGGGGCUGAUGUGGGUUGUGUUCGCUUCAGUUUUAGCCGACUCUUGGACCACUUACCAAGAACAGCCCUGUUGCCGUCCGGUUACGCAUCAUCGUAUCCGUCACCAUCGUGAUCACAUACGAGAAUUUUCCUGUGGCAACCUUUUUUAUCGCACUCUAUAUUUAAAUGAAGAAAGAAAUACGCUUUACGUCGGUGCUAUGGAUCGGAUAUUUAAAUUAAAUAUGACUGAUAUUAGCCAGUCACAUUGUGAGAGAGACGCGUUGCUGUUAGAAGCUAGUAAUGUAGCUCGAUGUGUAAGCAAAGGCAAAUCAGAGCCGUUUGAGUGCAGAAACCACAUCCGAGUACUGCAGCCGCUCGGUGACGGCGAGCGUCUCUAUGUGUGCGGCACGAACGCACACAGCCCUAAAGACUGGGUGGUCUACUUAAACCUCACUCACCUCCCGCGGCACGAGUACGUGCCAGGCGUGGGGCUCGGUGUGGCCAAGUGUCCGUACGAUCCGGCCGACAACAGCACGGCUGUAUGGGUCACGCGGGGCAAUCCCGGCGGCCUGCCAGCUCUCUACGCGGGCACCAAUGCCGAGUUCACCAAAGCAGACCCGGUCAUAUUCCGAAACGACCUAUUUGAUUUUCGUACAGGUCAAAAGAGGUUCAACUUCAAACGGACGUUGAAGUACGACUCCAAAUGGUUGGAUAAAACAAAUUUUGUGGGGUCUUUUGACGUUGGAGAAUAUGUCCUAUUUUUUUUUCGUGAAACUGCCGUAGAGUUCAUGAACUGUGGCAAAGCAGUAUAUUCUCGAGUCGCUAGAGUAUGUAAACAAGAUACUGGCGGCAAGCAUAUAUUAAGCCAAAAUUGGGCUACUUACUUGAAAGCCAGGCUUAACUGCAGCAUACCAGGAGAAUUCCCGUUCUAUUUUGAUGAAAUACAGAGUGUAUAUCAGAUGCCGGGCGACCCGACUCGGUUUUACGCUGCAUUCACGACGGGCGCCAGUGACGGUUUAAUCGGCUCUGCAAUUUGUACCUACACUAUGGACGACAUUCAAGAAACUUUUGCUGGCCGGUUCAAAGAACAAGCUACGUCGAGUUCAGCGUGGUUACCCGUGCUAAGAGCGCGAGUGCCUGAACCUAGACCAGGAACAUGUGUCAAUAGCACUGAAGCGCUUCCAGACAAUGUCUUGAAUUUUAUUAGGUCACAUCCUCUAAUGGAUUCUGCUGUGAGGCACGAAGGAGACACUCCCGCAUUUUACAAACGAGACCUAGUACUCACUACUCUUGUAGUAGACAGACAGUUCGUAGACAUGCUGGGCGAUGAUAUUACCUACACCGUCUUCUACGCCGGAACGAGUCAAGGUGAAGUAUACAAAAUAGUGCAGUGGACUGGCGGUGGAUCUCGCGUUGCUGAUAUCUGGCGAGCGGCGGGCGAUGAGCCUGUUCGAGCGCUGGCUCUCUCGCGACAAAUGCACGCACUUUACCUUGCGACCGACAACCGUUUGCGACAGUUACCCCUGCAUGCCUGUACGCACCGCUACGACAGCUGCGUGCGCUGUGUCCUCGACCCAUAUUGUGGGUGGGACAAAGAAGUGGGAGCGUGUCGUCCGUAUACGCCUGGCCUCCUCCAUGAUGCCACUAAUUCGACACCAUCAAUCUGCGAAGCCAGCGCUCCUCUCAAAACCGUCCGAGCGGGCUACGGACAAAGCGUACACCUGGCCGCCUUUGGAAAAACGCCAGAAGCGCUAAAAGAUCAGAAUGUCGCAUGGUACCAUCACUCAAGGGAACGAGGUCGUUACAAAAUCAGUUAUAAUUGGGAGCGUGUGCUACAGACGUCGGAGCGAGGGUUAGUGCUAUUGUCAGUAACUGAGUCGGACCGGGGUCGAUACGAGUGUUAUUAUGGACCAACUCUUAUUGCAUCUUAUAAUUUGGAUAUUGAUAUUCAUAGAUGUACACAACCUAACAAGUCUCAAGAGUAUAGGCAGGUAUAUUCAGAUUGGUGCCACGAAUUCGAAAAGUAUAAGAGUGCUAUGAAGGCCUGGGAAUCACGACAAAUGCAAUGCUCCAAAAACAUGAAUGCAUCGAGCCAGCAAAACAGCAUGAGCAACGAGAUCGUGGCUUCGCUGCGGUGAUAGGGCACAGUUCGCUAGAUUAAUGAGUGAUUAUACUGAGCCGCGCCAACAUCAGCUAUCCGAUAUUAUGCCGAUCCAACUCUCUUUAUCACGUUUCGAUUACAAACUCAUUACCUUCAAUCAAUGAGUGCUUGUUAAAAUUUUUACUCGACGUUUGUUGUUUCUGUUUAUGCAAUUGUCGGUAUUUUGAUACGUUGCCCUAAUUAUUUAAUAAUUGAUGUCAAUCUGUCACGAAUUUUGACAUGAUUUUAAAAAAUGUAUAAUAUUUAUUUUUGUAGACUUUUUUAUCAAAACAUAAAAAAAAAAUAAAACAAUUGUUGAUUAGCGCUUUUAAAUGAGAGCAAUAGAAAUCCAAUCGUAUUAAAAAUAAAACCUCGAAAAUGAAGUAGACAUUAUUUGUUAUUUGUUGUAAAUAAAAGGAGGUAAAGAAAAACGUUAGACGUAAAGUUCGAUAAAUGAUUACUACAAUACUGUUCGAGUAGUGAUUGACAGGAGCAUAAAUGAUGAAGCUAGCAUGAGUUGUACGUCGGUAACCUUAUAGUAACAGAUAGGGGGGAAAUAUAAU